CGCGCGGAGGUAGCGGCGCCCUCGCUCAGGCCUUGAGCCCGUGCGACGUAAGUGCCCCUCCGGUCCGACCCGGGGGAGGCGCCCACCGGGACAUGGUCCUGGGAGCGGGGAGGGCGCGCGUCUGUCUGGUUUAAUUCUUGGCUUUGGUUGUGGUGUUUUUGUGAAUUUGGAAAUUGACCCUUAGUUGUGAAGGUUUGGAAAGGGGCGAAACAGCGGGGAACGGCACGUAAAGCUCAACCGGUGCGUUUCCCGUGAGAGAAAUCGGGUGUUGGUUCGCACGUGGAGGCCUUUUUUUUUUUUAUAUUAAAAUACUUAUUGCGAAGGUGUCUGAAUGUUUCAGUUUGACGUUUCAAGACUCUUUUCAGAUUUUUUUUUUUUCAGAUUUUUCAGGUUCUCAGUAGAAUUUUCAAAUUCAGUUAUUUAAUUUAAAAAUGACUGGGGGUUUUAUGGGGUUGUACUGGGUUGUAUGGAGGUUGUACUGGGGCCAUAUGGGUGAGACUGAAGUGGCCCUCUAAAGAAAGCUGGAGGGUUUUUUUGCCUUCUUCAAACAAGCUUAAACACGCUCCUCACAUUUUUGGCCUCCAUUUGUGUGAAAGGCCCACCCAAAUUUUCUUCCAACUUACCUUAAUUAGAAGUUUGUUUGGGUUUUAAUUCGUUGUGUAGUACUGGAUGUGCGGCUUCUGGCAGUCCUGGAAAAACUGGGAUUUGUGAGUGGACAGAUUAUGAACCGUGAUUUGAUUCUGCAAAGCCUUUUUCAUGUACCUACGUGUGGUUCCACUGACCAUGACGGGGGCCUUCUGUGUCUGAAGCUCAAAAGCGAAGGUCUUAGCACGCCCACGGUACAUUUCAGGGACCAGAGAGACUGUGUGGUAAUUGGAGCAGGAAGGACAAGGCAGUGAAACAACUAAAAAAGAGCAACAGGCAGUUUGAGAGUCAGGAAAAAGUUGUUAUCAACUGCCAUAAAGUUCCAGCUGGGGGUCAGGGGCAGUUCUGACAGUCUCUUAUUUUUCACAAGUGGCUUUUCUCUUAGUAAUGGGUAUGUUCUCAAUUGUGUACGUUCUCUAAAUGCUUUUUCUUCUUAUAACAGUUUGGUGGUUUUUUUACAAAGCCAUUUACCUUGUAAUUCAGUUCCACUUGAAAGUCAUUUUACACAUAUGUAACUACUGUAUUUUUCUCCCAGUCUUAGAUAAUACAUGGCUUCGCAGGAGGAAAAACAAGCUCAGCCCUUUACAGACAUCUUUGAUGAAGAUGAGGCUGAAAAAUCCUUUCUGUUGUCCAAGCCCGCUUGCUUAAUUAUCUUUGGAAAGCCAGGUUCUGGAAAGAAAACAUUAGCUAGAAAACUAGCACAGAGAUGGAAUUCCAUUUUCAUAGAAGCUUCAGAAGUAAUUCAAACAAAUAUUCAUGAAGAAACAGAAUAUGGACUUAAGUGUCAAGAAUUGCUUUUUAAAGGUGAAAGUAUUUCUGAGGAACUGGUUACCGAAAUGGUUCUGCAAAAGCUUGAGUCACCAGAAGUUGCUCAUUUUGGUUAUGUUCUCAGUGGAUUUCCUUCUCUCUCGGAGGAAUACAUGACUGUUUCACAGCAAAUAGAGAAAAUAAAGAAUCUAAAAUUAAAACCGGAUUUCCUGAUUAACAUUAAGUAUCCAGACUCUGACUUAUGCCAAAGAAUAUCAGGACAAAGGCAACACCCUGAUUCAGGGCAGGUAUAUCAGAGGAGCCAGUGGGAUCCUAAAGUUACUGAGAAGCAUAAGAAAGAGAAAAAUCAGCAUGAAGAAGAGGAUGAAGAAGAGGAGCAGGAAGAGGAAAAAGAAGAAAAAGGAGGGGAAAAAGAGACUGCAGAAGAUCUACAUAAGAAAGCAGAAUCUUUUCAUCAAUUAGUGCAGAGACCUGAAGAUAUUCUUGAAAAUGCAGAGAAAAGAGUUGGAACAUAUAAGGAUAUAAUGCUUCAUCCUCUAGAAGAAUUGAUGGCUGAACAGAAUUGUCAAUAUCUUAUUGAAGUGGAUGGAAAUCAGCAACCAUAUGAUCUCUUUGAGUCAGUGGUAAUUCAACUUCAGUCUAUGGAUGUUCGAAAUGCAGCUCCUAUAAUUCGACUACAAAGUGAACAAGAAGAAGAAACGCUGGGGGAAAAGAAAAACGAUGAACUUUUCCGUGUUCUGUCAUCUUACAAUCUAAUAGCACCCAGAUACCGAUGGCGUAGAAGCAGAUGGGGACAAGCAUGUCCUGUGGCUCUAAAGGAAGGUGACAUUGUAAUGGGAAACCCAGAUUUUGCUGUCAGUUUUCUAGGUAAAAUGUACGUACUGUCAUCCCCAGAGGCAUUGAAAACAUUUAUGUUGAAUCCACGGCCUUAUCUCCUACCACCAAUGCCACUUCCUCCUUGCAAAGUAUUAGUAUUUGGUCCUCCAUUCUCUGGAAGAACAACUAUUUGUAACCUACUUGCACACAAAUAUAAAGGAAAGGUCCUUGAUAUGGCCAAACUCAUUCAACCCCAUAUAGAAGAAUCAAGAGAAAAAAACACUGAGCAAGUGCAAAGGGAUGCAGUAGAAAAGGCUAUAACAGCAGUGAAAAAUAGGUUGGAAUUAGAAGAACAGUCAGGAGAAACAGGAAUAUCAGAGAUAACUGCUGACCACCCAGAAGUUCAAGCGAUGGUAGAAGAAGCUAUGAAAAGUGCAUCAGUCUCUGAAGCUACACUGUCACCUCAAAUAUAUGCUGAAGUAUUGGAGGGAGCUAUUGCAGAGCUAAUGAAGAAGAACAAAGACAGGUUUCCUGGCGCUCCAGAAAAAGGAGGAUGGGUAGUGGAUAACUACCCUCUGUCAGUAGAUCACUGGUCAGCUUUAUCAGAAAAGCAACUCCUACCUGACACUGUUAUCUGUCUGAAGCAUACAGAAAAAGAUGAAAUCACGCUACCCAAGUUUGCAGAGGAUGCUUUUCCAGAUGCACAAGAAAUGGAUACAAUUAAAAAGAAGAUUGAACUUUUCAUGCAUGAUUGGCAAACAGUGGAAUCAGAAAUCAAGAAGUCAUCUCUAGUUCAGGUUGUUGUUCUAGAGAUCGCUGAGCAAACUCCAGCAAGUCUGCUCAAUCAAACAGUGCUGGUUAUGGAAAAACCUUUUAAGUAUCACGGUUGGGAAUUAUCUGCUGAAGACUUAGCAGAGGAAGCAGAAGAUCUGGCUGCUGAACAGGAAAAUGAGGUAGAUGAAGACAAAGUUGAAGAAGAGGAAGAGGAAAAUGAAGAAGAUGAAGAAACAAUUAAGCAAAAGAAAAGGCACAUGGGAGAUACAAUACACUUUUGUCCAGUCAGUCUGAAAGAGCACUUUGUCCUCCACCCUGGACUCCAGGAACAUGCAGCUAAAUAUAAAGAAAAUAUUUAUUACUUUUCAACUUCUGACUACAGAGAUAAAUUUUUGAAGAACCCUGAAGAAUAUGUGGCUCACAAUGAACCGAUACAAGCUCCUCCUUUACGGGUGUGUUUACUUGGGACUCAUGGAGCAGGUAAAACUACUUGUGCACGACAGAUAGCAGACAAAUUGGGCAUUUUUCAUAUUCAGUUUGAAGAAUAUCUACAGGAAUUGAUCUUACCCAAAACUAGAAGGAAAGUUGGGCCCCAGUUUGAUGAAGAAGAUGACAAUAAAAUACCAGUUCUAUCAGAGGAACUAGAAGACUUCUCUCAGAUGAUUACUAAAACUGAGACAGAAAAAAGCAAACAGGAAGAGGUGUUAACUGAUGAGGAAGAGGCAAUCAAAGCAAAUCUAAUGGAUAGUAAGGAACUGCCUCCAGAAGUCCUUGAUAACAUUGUUUUUGACUGGUGGAAGAAAGAGCCAUUCCGGUCCACAGGCUUCAUACUGGAUGGUUUCCCUCGUACUGCAGAUGAAGCCCAAUAUUUGUCAGAACGAGGACUCUGUCCUGAUAUUGCAGUUUAUAUUCAAGUAGAAGACAGUGACAUUCUUGAACGUCUUUUUCCUCCACGUCUGAAAAAAUGGAAAGACAAACGGCUUAAAAAAAAGGAAUAUAAAAAGAAACUGAAGGACAUGAAAACAAAAAUGAGGAAUGAGAAGAUUGCUAAAAGAAGGGAAGAACUUUUAGCAGAACGAAAACAAAAGAAACAGGAGGCUGUAGCAAAUAAGGAGAAUUUUGAAGCCACUGAGGAGGAGGAUGAGAAUGAAAUUGAAGAAAUUGAAGCUAUACUUAAAGAAGAGUUUUUAGAAGAAGAAGAGGAAGAAGAAGAAGAAGAAGAAGCAGAAGAAGAUGCUGUUGAACGCAUGCAAAAUGAAAUUGCAGAAAAAUUUGAUUCAGAAGUAGAGAGAUUACAAAGUGUACAGGAAGAACUUGAAAAAUUAUUAAUACCACCAAUUGAGAUCAAUGGAGGACGGAAGCCUCAUGUUGUGCGCUACCAAGUGUAUAGCAAGCUGAAAUCUCUAACAGAACACCGUGAAAGCAUUUUUGAGAAAUGUUACCCAAUCAGUUUACCACUUGCAGAGAAGAUGCUAUUUCUCUCAUAUAAAUUUCCAAGUUCUUUUGGUCAGUGGGAUCCAAUCAAGCUAAGCGAAGGAGAUGUAAUCAGGCCUCACCAAAGCCAUGGAAAAGAAGUCUUUCCUGUAAUCCAUCGACAAUAUAUUUAUUUCUUUUCAAGUAAAGAAAAUAAAGAAACAUUUAUGACAAAUCCCAUCAAAUAUAUUCGUCAGCCAAAACCUAAACCGGCUGCACCAGUUAAGAUUGCAAUUGUGGGACCUCCAAAAUCUGGAAAGACUACAGUUGCCGAGAAGCUUGCCAGUGUGUAUGGAUUGCUGCGCCUGUGCAUGGGAGAUGCCAUACGGCUGGUGAUAGACAGCCAGCCCGAGAGUGACUUGGCACUUAAGAUAAAGGAGCACCUUCACAAAGGACUGACUGUACCUGAUGAACUGGCCAUCCAGGCUCUAGAUGUGGCUCUGCUAAACCCCAGGUGUAGCAUCGCCGGCCCUCCCUAUCCUGAACAUGACAGCUCACAGAUUCUAGCCAUUAAAAAUUCCUGCUAUAAACAGCACAUUGAUGCAAUUAGGACUUACUAUAUGAAGGAGCGUCAGAACUGGUGUGUGAUUGAUGCUGUUCAGAGCAAGUGGAAGAUCUGGAACAAAGUUACGCAGGAAAUUCAAAUGGUUGUUAAACAAAUACAGAUAUACCUGGAAAGAAUAAGAGAAGGAAAAGCUGCCAGCAUUGCUGAUUUAUGUAUCACUUACAAAGAGCUGCAGGAGCGGCUGGGGGAGUUUGGGCAAUACUGUCCCGUCAGCCUUGCAGAGAAGGGUGAAUUGGUCGACUGCUCUGUAACCUCCUCACUGCAGUUUGCUGCGGAAUUUGAAGGGCGUUAUUACAAAAUGGCUGCACGGGAAGAACUGGAUAAAUUCUUGAUUACACCAGAGAUUUAUGUAUCAUCACUGGCACCUCACCCUCUCCCACCCCCCCAUAUGCUACCAAAGAAACUGACUGUGGCAGAAAUGAAGGCCUCAUUCCCUCUAAGGCCUGAAAUGCAGGGAUACUGUCCAGUCACUUACCUAGAUGGAAAACAGAGAUAUGAAGCCUUGGUGCCUGGCAAUAUUGAGUAUGCAGCAAAAUAUCAAGAUAAAGUAUAUAUUUUUGAAAGUGAAGAAAAACUUCAGAAGUUUAUGAGGUUACCAGAGAAGUACUGGAAUCUGAAGCUUCCCCAUAAACUCCCUCCAAAAAAGGAGCCAAUGCUACUAACUGCACUUCCUUUGGCUGGAUACCUUGAACAGGGAGUAGCAACUUCUCUAAUAAAAGCUCUGCAUGAAGUAGGCAGCCUUAAGCCAAAAUUUCCAUUCCUAAGUGUAAAAGAAACUGCUCUGCUGUUUGUCUCCUUCCAUUUAAAAGCAUACAACCCCCGGAGCUCAGAGCCAGUGCGACAAAUGUACAAGAGGAAGCUGGAGCAGUUCUUGAAGCACUGCCAGCUCAUACCCUACCUGGGGACUGCCAUGGCAGGCCCAUACCAGGAGCCAAGAGAUCGGCCCCUUGGCCUUGACGACAAGGUGCAGACUUUCUUUUCCCUGAAAGACACGCGUCCCAGUUUUGUCUAGUGUGGGCUGUUCUCCCCCUCCAAUUUCCAUGGAUUAACGUCUGGAGCGUUGCCAUGAGCCACCAGCAUGGCUGCAACAUGACCCAUGAACAUCACACCUUCUCAGACCGGUUUCUUAAUCACAAAAUCUUAGAAAUAAAAUCUUUUGUCUGAAGUUGAAA